AUGUAUUCUCCAGAUUCUUCUAUUGAUGAUCGAUACUUUUAUAAUCCUAUGAACUCUCUCUCAGAAUCAGAAUAAGACAUGACAUUUUAAAACAAGUCCUCAUUAAUUAGUGAAUAACCUGCAAUUGCUGCAAAAAAAACAGGCACCAUAAUUGAGAAUUCAGUAUAAUCACUUGAAAAAAAAACAAUCAACUUUAAAGUAGAUAAUGUUGAUAACUACAAAGAAGUCAAAUUACCUGAUCAAUCUUUUAAUAAAUAAUAUUAAUAGCCAACACAAAAUAUCUAGAAACCUCAACCUUAAGUAUAAUAAAAUAUAAGAGUUCAAAAAACAAAUGACUAGAAGCCUUCUGCUGUUGGAAAUUCUAUUGUUGAAUAAACUAAUUAAAGUGCUAGAAAAAAACCAAGAAUUUUUGAACCUCUUAAUACUGAUGAAAAAUUAGAGUAGACAUGUAAGUCAUUCAUAUUAUUUUACAGCGUUCUUAAAGGAACUUAAUAGAAUGGCUGGAGAAGAAGCUUAAAAAAAGCAUCUAGAGGUUAAAUAAAUGUAAAUAAAUAUAAUAUUAUAUAUAUAGUUAAAAUGCUGAGGAUCUGAUAAUUCAAAAGCAAUUAUUUCUAUUCACUAAUUUUAAUGAGAAGAAUGUACAAUAAUACAUUGAUAAAGCAAAAGAUUAAGUUGAAAAAUUGGAAAUCUAAUAAGACUAAUUACUCCUAUACAAAGAGUAUAAUUAAAAAUUAAACGAAAUUGGACCUUUGUGUUUAGAUAAAGAAGUGAGUCUUUUAGAUGUAAAUUACCAAUAUUAAAGUAGUAAACAUCUGAAGAAAAAAGGAAGCAGAAAUCUAGAGAAGAAUUUAAAUUAUUAUAUAAUCAAAUAUCCAAAUUAGAGAUUGCAAGUAGAACUGAUUAUGAUCAAGAUUGUUCUGAGAUGAUUUAAACAAUGUUAAAGGAGAUAGAAAUAAAAUUAAAAUUAGAAUUUGCAAUAGAAAAUCUAUAAAGGCUUAAACCUUAACUUUAAAUACUUAAAAAUAAUAGAAAUUUUUAAACAGAGUUUCAAGCUUAUCUAGAUUUAAUAAAAUAAUCUUAGAAAUAUGAAUCAGAAAAACUGAAACCUUAGUUAGAAUUAAUGAAAUCAAGUCUUAAAAUAAGGGCAUAAAAGAUAUAUUAAUAGAUAAACUGA